AUGAAGAGAAAAACAUUGGUUACAAAGUACUCCAUCGUCACCAUUGUUUCAAUAAUUAUCUCUGUUUAUCUUCCAUCAACCGCUGUUUUGUGGACGAAUUCCCGAUGGAUCGUCGACGAGAAGGGACAGCGGGUGAAGCUAGCGUGUGUAAAUUGGGAGUCACACCUAGAAUUAGUAGUAGCAGAAGGUCUUAAUAAACAGCCAAUUGAUGUUAUAUCAAACAAGAUUAAAGACAUGGGUUUUAAUUGUGUUAGGCUAACAUGGCCUCUUGAAUUAGCUACUAAUCACUCCUUGGCUUCUCUUACUGUUACACAAUCUUAUGAAAAUGCCGGUCUUUGUACUUCCAUUCCUGAUUUACAAGCUAAUAAUCCUUCCAUUCUUCAUCUCUCCCUCUUAAGUGCUUUCAAGGCAGUGGUCGCAAGCCUUGGAAAAAACAAAAUAAGGGUGAUUCUUGACAACCAUGUAAGUAAACCAGGGUGGUGUUGUAGUAAAUCGGAUGGCAAUGGCUUCUUUGGAGACCAAUAUUUCAACCCUCAAGAUUGGAUCAAUGGCUUGACUAAAAUGGCUACUCUUUUUCUAGACAAUCCAUAUGUUGUUGGCAUGAGUUUAAGGAAUGAACUUCGUGGACCAAGGCAAAAUACCAAGGAUUGGUAUAGGUACAUGCAAAGAGGGGUAGAAGCAGUGCACGAAGCCAACCCAAAUAUACUAGUCAUUCUCUCCGGCCUAACCUUCGACACAGACUUAAGCUUCCUCAAAACACAACCACUAAAACUAAGUUUCACCGGAAAAUUAGUGUAUGAGGUGCAUCAAUAUUGGUUUUCGACGGGUUCGCUAUGGGAAGAUGUCAAUGCAAACCAAGCUUGUGGAAUCAUGAAGAACAAACUUAUAAAAAAGGCUGGGUUUUUACUUGAUCAAGGUUUCCCUUUGUUUGUAAGUGAAUGGGGAACAGACAUGAAAGGAACAAGUUUAAGUGAAAAUAAGUACUUAAAUUGUUUCCUUACUUGGGUAGCUGAAUAUGACUUAGAUUGGUCGUUAUGGACUUUGGUAGGAAGCUAUGCUUUCACUAAUGGUGUAGUUGGGAUGGACGAGAGAUAUGGAUUGUUGAAUUCCAAUUGGACUGGUGUUCGUAACAAUACCUUUUUGCAAAGGAUUUCUGUUAUUCAAUCUCCUCGUCAAGGGCCAUCAGCAAUAUUAGCCGAGAAUCGGAAGAUAAUAUAUCACCCAUUAACAGGAAAGUGCAUCCUAAGAAAGUCAAUUAUGGGAGUUAACCUUGGAAAUUGCUCAGAAUCAAACCAUUGGAGUUACACUCCCCAAAAGACUUUGAUCAUUGAGUAUUCAUAUUUCUGUUUAAAGGCACAAGGGAUGAACCGUCCUGCAAGGCUCAGUAUCAUUUGUCCGGGUACAGGAACAAUAUGGGCACCCAUUUCAGAUUCGGAGCUCCAUUUGGCUGUUACUUUGAGUGACAACACUACAGCUUGCUUAGAUGUUGAUUCUGGUAAUAAUCUUAUUACAACAACAUGCAAGUGUUUGAGUAAAGACAAUGGGUGUGAUCCUGGAUCUCAGUGGUUUACGUUGGUUGAUGCUUACAAAUAUUAUUAGAAGGAAAAUAUAUACUCAUAUGUAAUAUUAUCUUCUUUUUUCUAAAUAAUUAAUUAGUAAUAUAAUAAAAUAAUAAACGUUUAAGAUUGCAGAAUUGUAGUAGAUGAUUUCAAAAUCAUAAAAUUUCUGUUAAUUAACGAUCGAUUCGUGAUAUGUCAUUGCCCUUUGGCAUGGAUGUUGUAGGAAAUUGUGAAGUAUGGUACU